CGGUUUGAGGUCCAGGUGGUCGAGCCUGCGUAAAAACGCACCAAACACUUACGAAAUAGUGCACGUCAUGAAAAAAAGCUCGACCCUUUCAGCUCCUGGCACUUCUAUGAAUGAAUAAGCUGUUUUCAGAGAAAGCCCUCCUGGAUUUGCUGCCGGAGAAAUAACCAGAAAAGAGCGGAACGCGCUUCUUCGGUGGUGCGUCGCUGCGAUUCUCACCAGAAGAAAAAAAACGGGACCAAACAUUUCAGGGUAAACUUUAGAUUUUCCUGCGAAAGAAGGCAACUUUUUUUAAAAAAAAGAAUCGAGACGGCUUUUUUCAGCGACAAGUGGAGAUAUGUUCAGGAAAAGCAAGAGUAAAGUGCUGGUGGAUUAUGCGUCAGAAGAAGACGAUAUGUCCUGGCACUAUCAUCACUCCUACAAGGACAAAGACAUAGAAGGAGAGGAAGAGGAGGAGGAAGCUGUCACUGCAGUAUCCAAGGAGGCCAAGGUGAAGAAGAUCAUGUCCAAGAAAGAGAGGAGGGAGAAGAAGAUGUUCUCUUCGAAAGAUGACGAGCAUUUCUUGUUAACGGGAGUGAAGCUGGCUGACCGCAGAGGGUCUCACAAGAAAAUCAAGGAUGACGAGAAGGAGAAGGAGAAGGAGAAGGAAAAGAAGGACAAGCCAGAGAAGGUUUGUUUCUGGGAGAGCGUGACCAUGACCAUGAGGCAGAUCUCCCCCACCAAAAAGCUGGAGAAGAUGGAGGGCUGGGAGCCGCCUCACCUGGAGAACUUAACUGAAACUGUGACUGACGAAGUCCCAGAGGACAAGAGCCAGGAAGGGGACUCACCAGUGUCCUUCCCCGACCCUCUUGGCCUCCCAUUGGAGCUGGCCUCCUGGGCGGGCCAGGGUCUUGAGGAGGACUCGUCCCGAUAUGCUAAUCUGUCAGACUCCAAGGAUUCAACAGCUGCCGUCAGGUGGACAGCCCGCGCCAAAGUCAAGCUGGCCGGCAUCAGCAGGAUGAGCAGAGGGAUUGUGUCAGAAAGUGCGUGGGAGGGGUUUAAAUAGGAGCGAAUUCACAUAAAUACCAUCAAUAGAGAGGAUGAAGACCUGAACCAAAUAUCUGCUUGUCUCUGUAGUCUAGUCCUGGACGAAACCGGUAAUGUCAACUGGUGUUGAGAUGCUGUAGUAAAAACAUGAAGUUAGCCCUUAUUACUUUAGCGUUGAAGUCCUUAAAGGGAUAGACUGGAUUACUGAUGUGGUGUUGUAUGAGGUAGCAUAGUCAGUGUAUUACUGACAAAAGAUGAAGAUGAAAAACCUGCAGUACCAGCACCAGUACCUACUGAGGACAGUGUUUGGUGUUGGAGUAGUUGGGAUUCACCAAAGUCCACAGUAACAACAAACUAAAUGACUGAGGCAGCGGUAGACCAUCAACUUCCAUGUUCUGCAAGGUAAAAUUACAGCUUUUUUCAAGUGAGUCUGGUGGCUUAAAAUAAGACAAAUACAAGGUCUUUAGCCUCAUACAACCCCACUUCAGUAAAUCCGAACAACCCCUUUAAAGAUAAAAUGUGUCAGUUUUAUCAAAAGGCAUUUUUGGCACGUUUGAAUCACUGACAUAAGGUGUAAACUACAACAAAUAAAAGCCUUAAACUAAUGUCCCAUUUGAUUGUGAUAGCCACUGGCCUGGCAUUUAGACUUUAUAUUGUCAAUAAAUGAGAAGACUGAUUUUUAAAAAUAUAUAUAUAAUUAUUGUGGCAGUGGUAGGAAUCAAUGAAGAACAUGCAAAUGUGCUUCUAAAGACUUAUUCUUGGUUUUCAUGUCCUUUCUGUCUGUGAAGUUCCAGCAUCUAAGUGAAGACUGUAAGUCCUGAGCAGUAAUACAUAAAAAAUGGGCUUAAAAUGUUUGCAAUCAUGAAACUUAUGAGAUGCUUUGGAUCUGGAAUAUUAGUGGUUGUAUGUUCUUGUACUUCCUACAUAGUGAGGACCAGAAGACAUAAUUUACCAACAAAGUGAGGACAUUUCUGGUUAAGAUUUUAAAGUUAGAAUUAUGUUAGGGUUAGGGUUGGAGUAAGGCGUUGUUAAGUUUAGGGUAAGGGGCAAGGGGAUGCAUUAUGUCAAUGGGUCCUUACAAUGUCAGAAGUAGAAGGAUGUAUGUGUGUUAAAAAAAAAAAAAAAAAAAAAAAGAGAGAGAGGAAGUGAGUUCGUGGAUGACAUGUAUACACAUUUGUUGUAGUGAUUCACAGCUUAAUGUUUUUGCAGAGACAAUAGCAUUGAUACCACUCACUGCAAAGAAUGUUAAAAGUUGUCUUGUUGUGGGAGGGAUAAAUCUAAGCAACUUCCACAGUGUCAUAGAUGGAUAAAUGUUUAAAUCUGAUGCUGAAUAUUUAUAAAAUUUGUAACAAUGAAAUAAUAAAAGCCAAACUCUGUGUAUACUUAGAUUCACGAGAAAAGCAGUGACUCCACCCAUGAAGUGCCUUAUAUCAAGAGAAUGACAUCAUGUGUUUGCUGUACAUUUGAACUAGACCAUCCUCUGAGGACAAAACUGCUGAGUUCAUCACAAUGUCUAUGCAUGUGCAGAUGGGUCCACCCAGCAUGCACUUGUGCUGCAUCACCCACUGGGACGGUAACUGGUUUCCAGUUACAAUCCCUCGAUUGACCAGCAGGAGCAGCAGAAAUGUUUGUGUGCUGCAUUAUUUAAAAAAAAAUAAAUGCUGUUUUCUGUAUAUUGUAUAUAACUGAGACAAUGAAUUUCCAUUUCUACAGUGAUUUUUCUUUUAGGUGAGUGAAAAAUGUCAUGCCACUGGUCUUAGCUUGACUUUCUUUUUCUUUGUUUUAAUCUGUUAACUGAAUUUGUUUGAUACUGAUGUCUGCUUCAUUGCAGCCAGACGUGGACACAGAUACAGGUCCACUUUAACUGAUGCCUGUAUUUAUUCACUAAACGGCUGGGUCACAUUUUCUCAAGCAGAAUAAAAAAAUCUAUUCUA